AUGGAAAACUACCAGAAGCUCGAAAAAGUCGGCGAAGGUACCUAUGGCGUUGUUUACAAAGCUCGCGACCUCAACAAUGGCGGCCGCAUCGUCGCCUUGAAGAAGAUUCGGCUGGAGGCCGAGGAUGAAGGCGUCCCAUCGACCGCCAUCCGAGAAAUCUCGCUGCUCAAAGAGAUGCGUGACCCGACCAUCGUGCGUCUCUUUAAUAUCGUCCAUGCCGACGGUCACAAACUCUAUCUCGUCUUCGAAUUCCUCGACCUCGACCUGAAGAAGUACAUGGAAGCGCUACCUGUCAGCGAGGGCGGCCGAGGCAAGGCACUGCCCGAGGGCACCGGAGCCCAAUUGCACGGGCUGGGACUAGGAGAGGGCAUGGUCAAGAAGUUCAUGAGCCAGCUGUGCACGGGUGUGCGCUACUGCCAUAGCCACCGUGUCCUGCACCGCGAUCUCAAGCCCCAGAACUUGCUUAUCGACCGUGAGGGAAACCUGAAGUUGGCCGAUUUUGGACUGGCUCGCGCUUUUGGCGUCCCUCUCCGCACCUACACCCACGAGGUCGUCACACUCUGGUACCGUGCCCCCGAGAUAUUGCUCGGUGGCCGCCAAUACUCGACCGGAGUGGAUAUGUGGUCGGUCGGGUGCAUUUUCGCCGAGAUGUGCACGCGCAAGCCGCUCUUCCCCGGCGACUCGGAAAUUGAUGAGAUCUUCAAGAUCUUCCGCCUUCUUGGAACCCCCACCGAGGAUAUCUGGCCCGGCGUGACCAGCUACCCCGACUUCAAGGCUUCCUUCCCCAAGUGGGCGCGCGACCCCACGGCAGCACUCUGCACCAACCUGGACGACGCAGGCCUUGACCUCCUCGAGAUGAUGCUUGUCUACGAUCCUGCCGGUCGCAUUUCGGCGAAGCAGGCCUGCAACCACCCAUACUUUGAAGACCUCGAGAACCACACACGCACGCAGUAUGGCAGCAGUCACCACUAG